AUGACUUUCAAUCGCCCCCUGCCCAUCUCCGGGGCGUGGAAGCACCCUGAUGCCUACAUUGAGGCCCUCCUCUGCUUCUCUACUACGUCGGUGCUCUUUAUGAAUUUGUGCGGUGGCGUGCAUAUGGUCGAUUUUCUGACCUGGGAGCCCGACCUCUACACAAAAGUCCUGCCAAAAGAUUGGAUAUCCUUCUUCGAACAUCAUGAUAUUCAAGAUAUCAUCCGCCUACUCCUACGAGAGGACAUUGAGCACUUACGAGGCGCCGGCGAGCCUUCCGUAGAUCAAAGCAGGCUUACUUGGAAUGGCGGAGCAUUCCCUCCCCAAAGUCUCUUAGACUACAUUUUCAAUAUCCGUCUACUGACACUCCAACGAGAAAUGUGCAUCUCAUCUUCGAAGAGGAUAGAAUUACCAAAGCAAGUUGCUAUGCAUAUGAACCGAAAGAAAGUACACGAAGUUGAACGCUUUUCUCAACAUGUCGCAUCUCUAUCAGACACUGUAAAUAAGCACCGAGGUGAGCCAGUCACUCAUAUUGUGGAUUUCGGGUCUGGACAGAAUUAUCUCGGACGGACACUGGCCAGCUCACCCUACUACAAGCAUAUCAUCGCAAUCGAGCGCAAGCAUCAGUACAUCAGCGGUGCCAAGGGCAUGGAUGUUCGAGCCAAGUUGGCAAAGAACCCAAAGGCUCAAUACGUUCAGAAGGAUAAAAUUCCAUGCGAUGGCCAUAACGGAACUCCGGAAGUGACUGUUUCUGAUACCUCCCAACCAACGACAGAGAGCUCGCAGGUCUCAGAUGCCCCUUUUGUCGAGCUGUUGGGCGAGAUUAGCCAUCAAUCUGAGGAGCUUCUCGGAUCCCCUACCAAAACCCCAUUACAAGAAAAGCCGCCGAAGCCAGAGAUCCAUUCCCACGGUACUCUCAGCUAUAUUGAGCAUGAAAUCCAAGAUGGCCACUUAGAGCCCAUUAUCGACCACAUCAUCCAUCCAUCCUCUGCUGGAGCUUCUGAGGGGAAAGUAAAAGACCAGAGCGAUGCGAGAUUGAUGGUCGUUUCCCUUCAUUCUUGUGGAAACCUUGUUCACCACGGUCUACGAUCCCUGAUUCUGAAUCCUUCGAUUGUGGCUGUCGCUAUGAUCGGCUGUUGCUACAAUCUGUUGACGGAACGCCUCGGUCCAACCACACAUGACCUCCCUAUUCUUCAAUCCCUCCACCCUCGGCUUAAAGAGACUGGGACAUCAUACGAUCCGCAUGGGUUCCCUAUGUCUAAAUACUACGAAAAUUACCGAAGUCCCGGAGCAACGACCGGCGUGAAGCUUAAUAUUACAGCUCGGGCACUGGCGGUGCAAGCUCCGUACAAUUGGGGCGUCAAUGAUAGUGAAGUUUCCUUUACUCGUCACUUCUUCCGUGCUCUUCUCCAGCGUAUUCUGGUUGAUCGAAAUAUUCUUCCUAAGCCAUCUGUGCCGGAGGAUGCCUCUGACGGAAGUUACCCAGAUGCCAAAACCAACUCUAUUAUCAUCGGGGCAUUGCCCAAAGCUGCAUUUAAGUCCUUUACUGCAUAUGUUCGUGCUGCGACGAUCAAGAUGAGUCGAGACCCGAUAUAUGCUUCCCAGGUGCAGGAGUAUAUUGCUACCCUGACUGAUGAGGAGAUUCACUGCUACGAGACUCAGUACCUCCACGCGAGGAAACAUAUGAGUGUUGUGUGGAGCUUAAUGGCGUUCAGUGCUCAGCUCGUCGAGGCUAUCAUUGUUGUGGAUCGGUGGCAAUUCCUUCGUGAACAGGACUCGGUCAAAGACUGCUGGGUUCAGCCAGUAUUUGACUACAGUGAGAGUCCACGUAACUUGGCGGUCAUUGGACUAAGAAAGUGA